AUGCCUGUUAUAGCCAUCAACUCGUACGACGAAUUCAAUCAAAUCAUCAACAGCGGGAAGCCCGUUGUAAUCGACUUCUGGGCAACAUGGUGUGGGCCUUGCCGAACUAUAUCGCCUAUUUUCGAGAAAAUGUCGGAGUUGGCGGAGUUCAACAAUCUCGAAUUUUACAAAGUUGAUGCCGAUGAACAAGAACGAAUUGCUCAGGAGGUCGGCGUACGUUCAAUGCCAACCUUCUAUUUAUUUAAAGACGGGUUUAAGAUUAAAGAACAUGUUGGGGCCAACCCGAAUGGUUUGGAAGGGCUUCUUCAGGUAGCCGCUUCUGGAGCAUGA